AUGAAAGGCUUGGUUGGCCUCGGAGAAUUUCGAGCUAUUCAUGAGCGAUUGGAUUUUACUGUUUUUCUAGAAUUGUUUCUCACCAUAAUUCUUUUAAAAGAACAUCUUGAUCUCGUCUUGUAUGGAUUUUCUGAACAAACUGUGGACCGGAUACCAGUGGAAACUGGCCCAAAACUGACGAGAACAGUAAUUGCUGGACUCUUUGGCACAACGCCUAGUAAGGGAAUGUAG